AUGGAGCCCUGGAAUUCCACCCUGGGAAGUGGCUUCAUAUUGAUGGGGAUUCUGAAUGAUAGUGGUUCUCCUGAGCUGCUCUGUGCCAUAAUCUCAGUCCUGUACAUGUUGGCCCUGACCAGCAAUGGCCUCCUUCUCCUGGUGAUCACAGUGGACUCCCGCCUGCAUGUGCCCAUGUACUUCCUGCUCGGGCAGCUCUCAUUCAUGGACCUUCUCUUCACAUCUGUUGUCACUCCCAAGGUCCUCUUGGAUUUUCUGCGUGAUGAAAACACUGUUUCCUUUUGGGGCUGUGCCCUUCAGAUGUUUCUGGCACUGACCCUGGGUGGUGCAGAGGACCUCCUACUGGCCUUCAUGGCCUAUGACAGGUAUGUGGCCAUUUGUCAUCCUCUGAACUACAUGGUCCUCAUGAGGCCAAGGGUCUGCUGGCUCUUGGUGGCCACAUCCUGGAUCCUGGCAUCCCUGAGUGCUCUAGGACAUACCAUAUAUACUAUGCACUAUCCCUUCUGCAAAGUCCGGAAGAUCAGACACCUGCUCUGUGAGAUCCCACCUCUGCUGAAACUGGCCUGUGCAGAUACCUCCAGAUAUGAGCUCAUGUUGUAUGUGAUGGGUGUGACCUUCCUGAUAUCCCCUCUUGUUGCUAUCCUUGCCUCCUACACACUAAUCCUAUUUACUGUACUCAGCAUGCCCUCAAAUGAAGGGAGGCAGAAAGCCCUCGUCACCUGCUCUUCCCACCUGACUGUGGUUGGGAUGUUCUAUGGAGCAGCCACGUUCAUGUAUGUCCUGCCCAGUUCCCUCCACAGCUCCAGACAGGACAACAUCAUCUCUGUUUUCUACACAAUUGUCACCCCAGCCCUGAACCCCCUCACCUAUAGCCUGAGGAAUAAGGAGGUCAUGGGAGCCUUGAGGAGGGUCCUGGGAACAUCCAUUUUGCCAACACACUCCACCAUCUAGGGAGGUGCCUGUCUCUUACUAUUCCUUCUCUAAAUAAAAAUAUUAUAUACAUUCAAGUCUUUAUAUGAAACUCUGAGAAAAUACAAACACUUAAAUUUUUUUUCAUUUCAAUUCUAUUCUGUAGCUUUGAGCACAGAGACCAGAAGCUGUGCUCACAUGGGAUGCAUCACCCUGACCUUGGAUACCCAUGAUGUAAAAAGAAUUAGAAAAAAUAUAAGCAUGGAAUAUGUGCCUUAGAUUCACUCUGUAGGGAAUUUUCCUGAAAUGAUUAGCAGGUGGACAUGGUAGGGGGUUAAGUUUCGAUUUCAUUAUCAUGUAACAGUAAGAAACAGCCAUAGUUUUAGGCUGACCAAACUACAAUGGCCUUGUAACAUGGGAGGAGAUCUUCGCUCCUUACCUGGAUUCUUAUAUAAUUAAUAGAGUGACGAAUCCCCAGAAGAUAAAUUUGGCUUCUUGUUGGUUAGGCAAAUGGAUGUUUGUA